UUACCUAGGUACUUACCUACCUAACCUAUCUGUGCUCCCCGUUCCCCUCUUCCGCGUUUCGUCUCGUCUCCUUCCUUUCCCUUCCCUCCCCUCUACUCUUCCCAUACCUAUCAGGUCAUAGACAAGAAAGAGAGACAGUAGAUAGAAUACAAUGGCGAGCAACGGCGCUACAAACGGCCAUAAUGGCGUUAAGAACGGUAUCAAGAACGGAGAAGGCGAAAACAACUGGUACGAUCCGACCAAAAUCUGGACGACGCUUCUGACGAAUCGAGCCUACUUCGGUGGUCUUCUGGUCCUUAACCAUUCCUUGCGCCGGCAUCGCAGCAAGUACCGCCUCGUCGUCAUGGUCACCCGCGCUGUCGAAGAGGACACCGAGUAUAUGGAAGCUUUUGCCGCCGCUGAUAUCCCUACCAUCGUCGUAGAUAAGAUUGAGCCGGCACCCCGCGACGGAAAGAUCAAUAAGGGGACCUGGGAGAAGCUGGCUCCGUGGUCGUUUACGCAGUACGAGCGUGUCGUCCUUCUCGAUAGCGACCAGGUUAUUCUGCAGAAUAUCGACGACAUGAUGGAGGUUGACAUUCCCGAAGGCUGGAUCGCGAGCACCCACGCGUGCACCUGCAACCCGCGCAAGCUGCCGCACUACAGCAAGGAAUGGGUCCCGGAAAACUGUGCCUUCACGGCCGCGGACCAGGAGACGGGCCAGCCGGCACCUAUCACGCCCAAGAGUCACAACAACCACCACCUGCUCAACAGCGGCACCGUCAUCCUGCAGCCGUCCAAGGCGCAGUUCGACGAGCUGAUCCACGCCAUGAACACCCACCCCGACGUGCCCAACAUGAUCUUCUUCGACCAGGACCUGCUGGCCAUCGUCUACCGCGGCCGCUGGAAGCCCCUGCCCUACCACUACAACGCCCUGAAGCCUAUGCGCUCCUGCCACAGCGGCCUCUGGCGCGACGAGCACGUGAAGAUUCUGCACUAUAUCCUCAACAAGCCCUGGAAGAGCCGCAGCUACGACGCCAACGACGUAAUCGAGUCGACGCAUAAGCUCUGGUGGGACGAGUUCGCGCUAGUGGAGAAGGAGUGGACGGAGAGCGCGGAUGAGCGGAAGAAGGAGUUGUGGAGGAAUGUGGUUGUGCCUGUUGUUGCGCAGGAAUGAUUCCCCCCUUUUUUUUCUAAGGUGAAUGUUUUAAGAACUUACGUUUGAAUUUAGGGGAAGGAGAAGGAGAGCAAUAUGCGUUAGGGGGUAGAAGAAAGAGAGAGAGAGAGUCUAUAUGUAUACCAUUGGGUUUUAUUAGGGAGCAUUGGUAGAGAGUCCGGAUAUCCAGCUUUGGAUUUGAGCUUUGUACGCGCGCGAGAUGGGCAUGGAGUAGAGGGGUCCAACGUGGGAAUGAAUAAAUAGAUAGCGAGCGAGCGAAUAAGCAAGCGAGCAAGCAGACGGAUUAAACCAUUACGAGCAUUUAAUGAGGAUCUAUGACGAAUGAUCAUUAUGGAUGUUUUCAGUUUGGUA